CCUCCUCCCGCCUCUCCGCCUACUCCAGCCUCCGCCGCCUCAGCUUCCCGAGCGAGCCCUGCGGCCGCCGGAGCAGCUCCCGCGGCGGAGCAGGAGCCGGAUGGUCAGAGGAGCCCGGCAGCCCCAGCAGCCGAGGAGUCGCCUGGCCCCCAGACUGACUGGCACGGUGGAGAAACCACCUCGAAAACGGAAAAGCAGGACUGAAUUUGCUCUUAAAGAAAUCAUGUCCUCUGGAGGUGCUGAAGAUGAUAUCCCACAGGGAGAGAGGAAAACAGUUACAGAUUUUUGUUACCUUCUGGAUAAAUCUAAGCAACUGUUCAACGGAUUAAGAGAUUUGCCACAAUAUGGGCAGAAGCAGUGGCAGUCCUAUUUUGGAAGAACUUUUGAUGUUUACACCAAACUCUGGAAGUUCCAGCAGCAGCAUCGACAAGUCUUGGAUAAUCGGUAUGGCUUGAAGCGGUGGCAAAUAGGGGAAAUUGCUUCUAAGAUUGGGCAGCUAUACUACCAUUAUUACCUACGCACAUCUGAGACCAGCUAUCUGAAUGAGGCUUUCUCCUUCUAUUCCGCAAUCAGACAGAGAUCAUAUUAUUCUCAAGUCAAUAAAGAGGACAGACCUGAGUUGGUCGUUAAGAAGCUUCGAUACUAUGCAAGAUUUAUUGUAGUUUGUCUUCUUCUCAACAAAAUGGAUGUUGUGAAGGAUUUGGUGAAGGAAUUGUCAGAUGAAAUUGAAGAUUAUACUCACCGCUUUAAUACGGAAGAUCAAGUGGAAUGGAACUUGGUGCUUCAAGAGGUAGCAGCUUUCAUUGAGGCGGACCCCGUAAUGGUAUUGAAUGAUGAUAAUACCAUUGUUAUCACAUCUAAUCGCCUUGCGGAGACAGGAGCACCAUUGCUGGAACAGGGCAUGAUUGUGGGACAGUUGUCUCUGGCUGAUGCGCUCAUUAUUGGUAAUUGUAAUAACCAGGUUAAGUUUAGUGAGCUGACUGUCGACAUGUUCCGGAUGUUACAAGCCCUGGAAAGGGAGCCAAUGAAUUUAGCUUCCCAGAUGAAUAAACCAGGAAUGCAGGAAUCAGCUGAUAAACCUACCAGACGAGAAAACCCCCACAAGUAUCUGCUCUACAAACCAACCUUCAGCCAACUCUACACGUUCUUAGCAGCAUCUUUUAAGGAGCUGCCUGCCAAUAGUGUACUUCUGAUUUACCUGUCAGCCACUGGCGUUUUCCCCACAGGUCGUUCUGAUAGUGAAGGUCCUUAUGAUUUUGGCGGAGUACUUACUAAUAGUAACCGGGAUAUUAUAAAUGGAGAUGCCAUCCACAAACGAAAUCAGUCCCACAAGGAGAUGCAUUGCCUUCAUCCUGGAGACCUCUAUCCUUUCACAAGGAAGCCACUGUUUAUUAUCGUGGAUUCAUCCAACAGCGUUGCAUACAAGAAUUUCACAAACUUAUUUGGACAGCCACUAGUCUGCUUGCUUUCUCCUACAGCGUAUCCAAAGGCUUUACAAGAUCAAUCUCAACGAGGUAGCCUCUUCACUCUCUUUUUGAACAAUCCUCUAAUGGCCUUCCUAUUUGUCUCUGGAUUGUCAAGCAUGCGCAGAGGCCUAUGGGAAAAGUGUCAAGAAUAUCUUCGAAAAAUCAACCGCGAUAUUGCCCAGCUACUGACCCAUUCACGUUCAAUAGAUCAGGCAUUUCUCCAGUUUUUUGGAGAUGAGUUUCUUCGCUUGCUCCUCACAAGAUUUAUCUUUUGUUCAGCCACCAUGAGGAUGCACAAGAUUUUUCGGGAAACGCGAAAUUAUCCAGAAUCAUACCCACAGCUGCCGAGGGAUGAAACAGUGGAAAACCCUCAUCUCCAGAAGCACAUUCUGGAAUUAGCGUCCAUUCUGGAUGUUCGAAACGUGUUCCUCGAGAGUACCAUAGAUGACUAUUAAAACAAAAACCCUCUUGUUGAAACAAUUUUUCAUUUGCCACAGAUUUUACAUGGUGCAGUUUUAUAAUGUGAUGACAGACACAUAGUGGUGUUACUUAGUUUUAAUUUUUUUAAUUUAAGGCCACCAUUUUAAAAACAAACAAAAAUUGGUCAAACUUUUAGGGUAACCGUUUUAAAAUACAGUCUUUCAAGUCUUUUAAAAAACUCAAUUAAUCUUGGAAUUUUUACUUUUCAGUUUUGAGGUACAGCUGCUUACCUCCAACAUUUAAGCCUACACACAAACAGUCACUGUUCUCACCCUCAGAAGAGUAAAUCAUUUAUUUUUAUAUAAUGAGGAAAAUCCAGCUCUUAUACUUGGACCUUAAAUGUGUGGAUUUAGGAAAUAUCUCAUUGUUCACAAAGAUGAAACUAGCCAGCAUGGACUAUUAAAAAUCAAGAACAGAGUCUUUCCAUAAUAUUUCUUUUCAUUCCAACUUAGUAGGGUAGUCAAAUGUAUGAUUCUUUGAAGAAUAAUCGAGGCAAUUUUUGAAAUCAUUUAAUUCAUUAAAUACUGUCACAAUUUCGGAAACUGUAUAGGAUCGAUUUGCAUCUUAAAUUUUUAAUUGGAGUCUUAAGAUGAUAAAUAUCACUUGGAAUGUGUGAUCCCUGUGUUAUCAUGAGCUGUGCUGGCAUAUUUUGUUUUCUUUAUAAUCUGAAUACUGGAAAUGACGAAAAGUAUUUCAGUCAGAAAAUCAGAUUGUUGGUUUCAUAAUACGAUUUUUCCAUGAGGAAUUCUAUUUAAACUCUUAAUUCACGAUACCAGGUUUAAAGAUUAUCCAGAUUGAAGGCUGUGGCAUAUAGUACAGAGUUUAUAAUCUUUUUGCCUAGUUCACAUUUAUGAAACUUCAAAGUCAGAGGUGUCAGUAAUUUUAGUUGGGGGCAACUGAAUUGUUUAGCUUAAAAUGGAAGUAACUUUUGCAUUGACAAUUUGGAAAUAAGAUUUUUAAGAACUCCUUAUAUUUAAUAUUUUAUAUUCAUGCACAAGUUUUUUUUUAUUAUUUUAAAUAGGACUCAGUAUAUAAUAUAAAGAUUUUUGUGUUCUUUCUUCUCUGUCAUCCCCUUCAUAAUUUCAUACGCAUUAGCUAUGAUGUUUUGGAUUUUUUCCCCCUUCUUUUGACUCGACAGCAUUCAAGUUCCGAAAUCUAUGAAUCAAAAGCCCUUCUACCUAAUUUUCUGUGCAGGCUCACAUGCUACCUCUGGCAGUUCCAGGGGACAUAAGGUGAUUGCUUUUGGUGCCUCUUUCCUGUGUCCUUAGGGAAAUUUUACUGUAAUAUUUUUAGCUUGGCUUUCAUUUCAGGCAUAGGAAAUUAUUUGGGUCUAACUUAUUCGUAUACCUGUUCCAAUUUGAUGAUUUUUUUCAUCUGAAAUCUUGAAAUCAUUGUUCUUAGGUUUGGGGGACUUUGUGAUAUUUCAUUAAUUUUUUCUCAUUAUUUUUGUUUGUUCUUUUAAACAUUAUUUCAGAAAGCUUUAGAAAAUUUAUCCUGGAGGGAGAUUUCCUUUGCCCAUUGGGUUGUUUUUCUUUAUCAGAUAAAGACUGUUUUUCCCAUUUUUCAGUACCUUAAUAAACUUAAUAGCUUUCCUUCCAUAACAGUGUUCACCUGGAUUACAGCAAUAGACUGACCUCUUGUUUCAAUUCCCCUGAAGUUCUGUGCCAGUAACAUACCUAACAACACGUGCUUUUCUGACUUCUGAUGCUUAAAAUAGUAUUUAUCCUCCUGAGCUUUAUUCUUACCUGUUUUUAGCAGAAAGAACACUGAUCUGAGAACUAGGAGACCUGAGUUCUUGUCCUGGCUUUCUUGGUAACUAGCUUUAUGCCCUUUGACAAGUGUCUUCAUGUUUCUGUUUUAUAGUAUUCUCAUCUAUAAAACAAAGGCAUUGACCCAAGGUCCUAUUCAGUUCUCUGGUUCUGUAAUUAAAAUUUGGAUUCCAAAUAAUUCAUUUCCCUACCCCUGCCACCUGGAAAACUAGUUUCCGUGAUUUUAGCAUGAACAUUUUCUUUUCUAAGUCAUAUUUAACUUUUCUUUAUUCACAAAAGUAUUUGGGUCUCAGUUAAUGUAAAAACUAAUCUCUUGAAGAAAUUAGAGCUUUUGCAAUUAGAAACAUGUUUGUCCAAGAACAAGGGGUCUUAGAAAUCACAAGUUUAGAUGAUGACAUUGUUUCUUGAGCUGAUAGUAAUUUCCUAUUGGUAGUUAAAAAUCUAAAGUGAGCCAAAGUGAUCUUGAAUCUUCAAGAGAGGAAAACUGUGCUAGAAAAUUCUAAACCGUUGUUUCAUUCAUGCCUUCAAAAGAACAUGGUACUGAACAACAGCUAGACUCCAGAUUUUGGUCUAGGCAUUGGGAAAGCAAACAAAUUAGGUUUAAAAUUCCUUGUCUUCAUGAAGCUUACAUUUUAGGAGGAGAAGCCAGGCAAUAAACAUAAUAAGUAAGUAAAUUUAUAUUAGACAGUUAUAAGUAGUAUGAGGAAAAUUUGAGCAUGGUAAGGGAAACGAUUCAAUUGUUUCUGGACAAACAGUGUCUGAGUGAUCAGGGUAGGCCUUAUUGAGAUUACAUUUGUGCAAACACUUCAUGGUUUUUUUUUUUCACUUUUUAUUGUGAAAACUUUAGGCAAACAUAGAAUUUAGCAAAUUGUUUUAUACCCAUCACCCAGCUUCUACAUUUUAAGACAUUACUUUAAUCAAGGAAAAAGAAAUAUAAAAGGACAAUCACCUAUAGACGAUGGCAACUAAUCUCUUUUUCAAUGCAUACUGCUCCCCUUUAUAAAUAUAAAAAUAUUAAGCCCUUUAUUUAUUUCAUUUUAGAAUUCAUAGAAAUUUAAACAUUGGAACUAAGAACAAAGCAAAGCAAUGGGAAAAAGCACUUCUUUGUUUUCAAAUUGCACAAACUCCCCCUGGAGAUUCUGAUAGUCUCUCACCUCCCUUAAGAAUCACUGCAAACGAAACAAAGCGUAAGAUUGCAAGAAGUCACUUACAUACAAAACAAUGUUAAGCACAACGGAAUUAUUUUCCCUUUCAUUAAUUAUGUAUUUCUGAAGUUGGUAAAGCAGCUAUUUUAUCUCUUUUUCAGAAGAGAAAUCUGAGACCCCAAAAAACUAUAGAUUUAUUCAUAGUGGCAGAGCUAGAGCUGAAACUCAAAUCUCCUAACCUCAGCCCAGUCUUACUAGUAGCUCAGGUUGAUUUCUAUAAUGAACAAGAAAAGAAUAAUUAGAGAUUUAUAUUUUGGCACAAAAGGUUAUGGUAUUUUAAAAUUAUAUCAAAUAUUGAAACCAGGAAAUCAGUCAUCCCUAGCAAAUUUUUAUUAAUUAUAAGAAAUCCCCAAGCCAAACAAUUUAGUCUUGAUUCUAGCCAGGAUAUAUUUUUUGUAUGUGUGUGUGUGUGUGUUUUCCUCCUAGGAAGUGGUGCUCUCAAAACCUCUCAAAGCACAUAGAAUUUAUUGUACCCUUUAUAUUUUUACCAAGUUGAAAUGUUUUGAGAUUAUAGAAGCAAAGUGCAAUCUAGUCGUGGCUGAAAUUUUCCUGAUACAGGAUCUGGGUUUUCUUUUUUUCCUUAGUUGUGGCUACUGCCCCUUAUUUUCUCCUUGUAAUAGAAUUCUCUGAAACAGAUUAGGUGGUAAUUGUACUGAGUUUCAUUGAGGAAAAAGCAUCCAAUCUGAUUCAUAUAGCAAUUGUGGGGUUUUCUUUAGCUUUCUUCUCCAACUUGAAUCUCUGACCAGUAUGACUUCGUAACUUUGUCUCUUAGAAGGGAUUUGGACUCAGUUGAAAAAUCUUGUAGUAAUCCACGGGGACUUGUAAUCAGCCUGAUAUAUACAGAACAUUCUGGACUGGAAAUAGAGUAAGGUGCCAAGGUGUGUAGACUUGGCUAGUGCCAGUGAUUCAGAACCACCUCCCUACCCUAAGUGAGUAAAAAGAUUUGAUACGAAUAUGAAUGGUAUGAAUCUCCUGGUGAUAUUUUGGGUGUGUAUGUUGCUGUGUGUGUUUGGAGAGUAUAAAGGGUAUUUACAUUGAGGGCUCUUUUGUUGACCUUAUUUAUUUGAAAAUCCUAUUUUAUUUGUAAUCGCAUGUGUAUAUUUUUGUGAUGCUAAAUGCAAUCUCUGUGUAUACUUUUUUGUAUAUAUGUACAGAUUUGUAAAUAUAUUGGUAUGCAGUGA